AUGAGCAUUCCAAGUGUGCUAGUUUUACCAGGUCCAGCUCAAGGACAUGUCUAUCCCAUGAUGAACUUCUCGCAAAAGUUGGUUGAGAAUGGAUGCAAAGUCUAUUUUGUGAACACAGACUUCAACCAUAAGCGAGUUGUGAGUUCCAUGGUUGAGCAACAAGAAAGCCUUGAUGAAUCACUGGUAAAGUUGGUUUCAAUCCCAGAUGGUUUAAGACCUGAGGAUGACAGAACAGAUUUUGUCAAGUUAUUUGAUGCUAUACUAAGCACCAUGCCUUCUAUGCUUCAGAGGAAAAUAGAAGAAAUUCAUUUGUAUGGUGAGGAUAGAAUCAGCUGUAUAGUUGCAGAUGUGAAUAUGGGAUGGGCUUUGAAUGUUGGGAACAAGUUGGGAAUCAAAGGAGCUCUCUUCUGGCCUGCAUCAGCUGCUAUGUUUGCCUUUCAAUGCAACAUCCCUGCACUUAUUGAUAAAGGGAUCAUAGAUUCUGAUGAUGGUUUGAAUGGUUCUCUUAGUAAUUACGACAGGGAAUUUCAUGAUUAUGGAGGAAGAGAAUUUGAUGAAGUUAUUGGAGAAUACAUGAAGCCAGUGUAUGCUGCUGAGCAGAUUUUCUUUGAGGUUGUAGAUGAUGAAGUUAUUGGAUGCUUAUUGAUCUAG